GCCGCCUAGCUUAAUGCUUCUGAAUGUGUGAAACAAUACCAUGCAGCGGUUUCAUUCCGAUUUUAUAGAGUAUUAUUUGCCGUAAAUAAAAUCUUAUAAGAUAUUAUUUGAAUUAUCCUUCCUACUGAGUCCAGCAGCGGGCAGGUGACAAAAUAAUGCCUGAAAUAAAAGUAACUCCCUUAGGUGCUGGACAGGAUGUUGGUCGCAGCUGCAUCCUCGUCUCCAUUGGAGGCAAAAACAUCAUGCUGGACUGUGGGAUGCACAUGGGAUACAACGACGAUAGGCGUUUCCCAGACUUUUCCUAUAUAACACAGAACGGACGUCUGACGGACUUCUUGGACUGCGUGAUCAUCAGUCACUUCCACCUGGACCACUGCGGCGCCCUACCUUACAUGAGCGAGAUGGUGGGCUACGACGGACCCAUCUACAUGACCCAUCCCACCAAGGCAAUUUGUCCCAUUUUACUGGAAGAUUUCCGGAAAAUCACUGUGGACAAGAAAGGAGAAACCAACUUCUUUACUUCACAAAUGAUCAAGGACUGCAUGAAGAAAGUGAUUCCUUUGAACCUCCAUCAAACUGUCCAGGUGGACGAUGAGCUGGAGAUCAAAGCUUACUAUGCAGGCCACGUCCUGGGAGCUGCUAUGGUGCACAUCAAAGUGGGAUCAGAGUCUGUUGUCUACACGGGAGACUACAACAUGACGCCAGACAGACAUUUAGGUGCUGCUUGGAUCGAUAAAUGCCGCCCCGAUAUCCUAAUAUCAGAGUCGACAUACGCAACAACUAUCCGUGACUCGAAACGGUGCAGAGAAAGAGACUUCCUGAAGAAAGUUCAUGAGAGCAUAGAAAGAGGAGGAAAGGUUCUCAUUCCAGUUUUCGCCCUGGGCCGUGCGCAGGAGCUCUGCAUCCUGCUGGAAACAUUUUGGGAGAGAAUGAAUCUAAAGGCUCCCAUCUACUUCUCCACUGGGCUGACAGAGAAAGCCAACCAUUACUACAAGCUUUUCAUUACAUGGACCAAUCAGAAGAUCCGGAAAACCUUCGUGCAGAGAAACAUGUUUGAAUUUAAACACAUCAAGGCCUUCGAUCGCUCCUAUGCAGAUAAUCCUGGACCAAUGGUGGUGUUCGCCACACCGGGUAUGCUACAUGCUGGCCAGUCUUUGCAAAUAUUCAAGAAAUGGGCUGGCAAUGAGAAGAACAUGUUGGACGUGAAGAUGCAGGUGGAGUACAUGUCCUUCAGUGCACACGCUGACGCAAAGGGCAUCAUGCAGCUCAUCCGUAUGGCGGAGCCUCGAAACAUGCUGCUCGUGCACGGCGAGGCUGCUAAAAUGGAGUUUCUAAAGGGCAAGAUCGAACAGGAGUUCAGUAUAGACUGUUACAUGCCAGCCAACGGGGAGACGACGUCUGUGAUAACUAACCCCAGCGUUCCUGUGGAUAUGUCACUCAACCUACUCAAGAGGGAGAUGGCUCUCGGAGGUCCUCUGCCUGAUCCCAAAAAACCCCGCGCCAUGCAUGGAACGCUGAUUAUGAAAGAAAAUAGCUUGAAGCUGGUGUCGUCAGAGCAGGCCCUGAAGGAGCUGGGUCUAAACGAGCAUCAGUUACGCUUCACCUGCCGCGUGCAGCUCCAAGACCCCCACAGCGACUCCGACACGCUGCACAGAAUCUACACACACCUCAAGAGUUUGCUAAAAGAUUACACCAUCCAGCACCUGCCUGAUGGCACAGUGAUGGUGGAAUCCAUCGUCAUCAAAGUCUCCUCCUCAGCCGAAGACGCAAACUCCAAGGUCCUGCUGCUUUCCUGGAGUUAUCAGGAUGAAGAUCUAGGAAGCUACCUCUCUUCUCUGCUCAAAAAGGGUCUACCAACUUGACUCCACUAGUCUGCAUUUUGUAAAGUGCUCUAACCUAAAACGAUGGGACUCUUCAUCAGGGGUUUCUGUCUCUCGCUCCCCAGCACAAAAAAAUGUCAGAUGUUUUCCUGCCAACAUAAACUUUGAGGCUAGAGCUGCUUCCUUCUCUUAGCAGAGAAACUGCGAUAAGAAGGCUGAUCAAAGGACUGAAGCUUGCGGUGAAAUUCAGAUUUUUAUUUUUUUCAUUUUCUAAGAUACAAACAGUUUUACAGAAAAUGCUUCAUUUAUUAGUAUUGUAAUAUUAAGGUAUGUACAGGUUUUAUUUACAUCUACAUUGGAUAUGAAAUAUGUAAACAACUUUAAAACCUGUUUUUUUAUGUGACAGGAAGAAAAAGUCCUGGUUGAUUUAUUUCGAAACUUCAUCCACCUUCAUGGUGAUAUAUUGUAUUUCCUGUACAGUAAAUCUCAACACAAACCAACUAGUAAAAUUAAAAACUUAAAAAGCAGAGGUGCUUUCCAUAACUUUGCACGUUAUUUUUUAUUUCAACCGACCUUUGAUUGUAGUUAAUCUGCCAUCGAAAGCAGGACUUUGCUCCUUUAAGGUCAACAUAAGACAGGAAUAAAUAAAAGAAGUUUCAAAGCUGCUUGUAAUGGAGCCGAUUUUAAAAUUGAC